AUGGGUGUCGACAUCAACCAUAAACACGACAGGAAAGUCAGGCGUACUGAAGUUAAAUCUCAAGAUGUAUACUUGAGGUUGCUUGUAAAGUUAUACAGAUAUUUGGCGAGACGUACAAAUGCCAAGUUCAAUACGAUCGUUCUGCGGCGUUUGUUCAUGAGCCGUAUCAACAGGGCUCCCAUUUCCCUGUCUCGAUUGGCUCGCCACAUGAAGAAGCCUACCCGUGAAGGUCUUAUUGCCGUGGUUGUGGGUUCAGUAACCAACGACGUGAGGUUGUACAACGUCCCCAAGCUUACUGUCGCCGCUCUUCACGUGACUGAGAAGGCUCGCGCCCGUAUCUUGGCUGCUGGAGGUGAAAUCCUAACAUUCGAUCAGCUAGCGCUCCGUGCUCCCACCGGCCGUAAGACAGUCCUCGUCCAGGGCCGCAGGAACGCUCGUGAGGCCGUCCGUCACUUCGGCCCGGCCCCCGGAGCUCCUCGCUCUCACACGAAGCCCUACGUACGUUCCAAGGGCCACGAGCGCUCCAGACCUAGCCGUCGCUCUAAUGUAUAA